CGGCGCUGUGGGGGCGGCCGCGCUUCGGGUGACAACGGUCAGAGAUGAAGGUGGCCGCGGCGCAGCGGGAAGCUCAGCUGCACCCGGCGCGGUUGGCAGCCAGGCCGGGCCUGUAGGACCUCGGGGCCGGGGUGGCGGGAUGGGGACCCGGCUCGGGUAGUGAGAAGGCUGCGAGCGGAACUUCAGCCAGAGGGGCUCGCCUGCUCCGUCCGGUCAGACUCGGCGUCCUCCUCCACCUGCCGCCGCUGGGCCCCGCGUCCGGCGGGCCACGACGGCGUCGGCGACGGCGGGGGCAUGUGGCGCUGGGUCCGGCAGCAGCUGGGUUUUGACCCACCACAUCAAAGUGACACAAGAACUAUUUACAUAGCCAACAGAUUUCCUCAGAAUGGCCUUUAUACACCUCAGAAAUUUAUAGAUAACCGGAUCAUUUCAUCUAAGUAUACUGUAUGGAAUUUUGUUCCAAAAAAUUUAUUUGAACAGUUCAGAAGAGUGGCAAACUUUUAUUUUCUUAUUAUAUUUUUGGUUCAGCUCAUGAUCGAUACACCUACCAGUCCAAUUACCAGUGGACUUCCAUUAUUCUUUGUGAUAACAGUAACCGCCAUAAAACAGGGUUAUGAAGACUGGUUACGUCAUAACUCAGAUAAUGAAGUAAACGGAGCUCCCGUUUAUGUUGUUAGAAGUGGUGGCCUUGUAAAAACUAGAUCAAAAAACAUUCGGGUGGGUGAUAUUGUCCGUGUAGCCAAAGAUGAAAUUUUCCCUGCAGAUUUGGUGCUUCUGUCCUCAGAUCGCCUUGAUGGUUCGUGUCAUGUGACAACAGCUAGUUUGGAUGGAGAGACGAACCUGAAGACGCAUGUGUCAGUUCCAGAAACAGCAGUAUUACAAACAGUUGCCAACUUGGAUAGUCUCACAGCUGUGAUAGAAUGCCAGCAGCCAGAAGCAGACUUAUACAGAUUUAUGGGACGAAUGAUAAUAACUCAACAAAUGGAAGAAAUUGUAAGACCUCUGGGACCAGAGAGUCUCUUGCUUCGUGGAGCCAGAUUAAAAAAUACAAAAGAAAUUUUUGGUGUGGCUGUGUACACCGGAAUGGAAACUAAGAUGGCGUUAAAUUACAAGAGCAAGUCACAGAAACGAUCUGCAGUAGAAAAAUCAAUGAACACAUUUUUAAUAAUUUAUUUAAUAAUCCUUAUUUCUGAGGCCAUCAUCAGUACUAUCUUGAAAUAUACCUGGCAAGCUGAAGAAAAAUGGGAUGAACCUUGGUAUAACCAAAAAACAGAACAUCAAAGAAAUAGUAGUAAGAUUCUGAGAUUUAUUUCUGACUUCCUUGCUUUUUUGGUACUCUACAAUUUCAUCAUUCCAAUUUCUCUAUAUGUGACAGUUGAAAUGCAGAAAUUUCUUGGAUCAUUUUUUAUUGGCUGGGAUCUUGAUCUGUAUCAUGAAGAGUCAGAUCAGAAAGCUCAAGUCAAUACUUCUGACCUGAAUGAAGAGCUUGGACAGGUGGAAUAUGUGUUUACAGAUAAAACUGGAACACUGACAGAAAAUGAGAUGCAGUUUCGAGAAUGUUCAAUUAAUGGCAUGAAAUACCAAGAAAUCAAUGGUAGACUUGUACCUGAAGGACCAACACCAGACUCCACAGAAGGAAGCUUGUCUUACCUUGGUGGUUUAUCCCAUCUCAACAACUCAGCACAUGUCACAGCUAGUUCUUCCUUUAAAACCAGUCCUGAAAGUGAAACUGAACUAAUCAAAGAGCAUGACCUCUUCUUUAAAGCAGUCAGUCUUUGCCACACUGUACAGAUCAGCAGUGUGCAAACUGAUGGCAUCGGUGAUGGUCCCUGGCAGUCCACCCUCGCACCGGCGCAGCUCGAGUACUACGCAUCUUCACCAGAUGAAAAGGCUCUAGUGGAGGCUGCGGCAAGAGCUGGUAUUAUAUUUAUAGGCAUUUCUGAAGAAACUAUGGAGGUUAAAGUACUUGGAAGACUCGAAAGGUACAAAUUGCUUCAUAUUCUGGAAUUUGAUUCAGAUCGUAGGAGAAUGAGUGUAAUUGUUCAGGCACCUUCAGGUGAGAAGCUUUUAUUUGCUAAAGGAGCAGAAUCUUCAAUUCUCCCUAAAUGUAUAGGUGGAGAAAUAGCAAAAACCAGAAUUCAUGUAGAUGAAUUUGCUUUGAAAGGACUGCGGACACUAUGUAUAGCUUAUAGACAGUUUUCAGCUAAAGAGUAUGACGAUAUAGAUAGGCGCCUAUUUGAGGCCAGGACCGCCUUGCAGCGACGGGAAGAAAAAUUGGCUGAUGUCUUCCAGUACAUUGAGAAGGACCUGAUAUUACUAGGAGCAACAGCAGUGGAAGACAGACUACAGGAUAAAGUUCGAGAAACUAUUGAAGCAUUGAGAAUGGCUGGUAUCAAAGUAUGGGUACUUACAGGAGACAAGCAUGAAACAGCCGUUAGUGUGAGUUUAUCAUGUGGACACUUCCAUAGAACUAUGAAUAUCCUCGAACUUAUCAACCAGAAAUCAGACAGUGGAUGUGCUGAACAAUUGAGGCAGCUUGCCAGGAGAAUUACAGAAGACCAUGUGAUACAGCAUGGGCUGGUAGUAGAUGGGACCAGCUUAUCUCUUGCACUCAGGGAGCAUGAAAAGCUAUUUAUGGAAGUUUGCAGAAACUGUUCAGCUGUAUUAUGUUGUCGUAUGGCACCUUUACAGAAAGCAAAAGUAAUAAGGCUGAUAAAAAUCUCACCUGAGAAACCGAUCACAUUGGCUGUUGGUGAUGGUGCUAAUGAUGUAAGCAUGAUACAAGAAGCUCAUGUUGGCAUAGGAAUCAUGGGUAAAGAAGGAAGACAAGCUGCAAGAAACAGUGACUAUGCAGUGGCUAGAUUUAAAUUCCUCUCCAAGCUACUUUUUGUUCAUGGCCAUUUUUAUUAUAUUAGAAUAGCUACCCUUGUACAGUAUUUUUUUUAUAAGAAUGUGUGCUUUAUCACACCCCAGUUUUUAUAUCAGUUCUACUGUUUGUUUUCUCAACAAACACUAUAUGACAGCGUGUAUCUGACUUUAUACAACAUCUGUUUUACUUCCCUACCUGUUCUCAUAUACAGUCUUUUGGAACAACAUAUAGACCCUCAUGUAUUACAGAGCAAGCCUACCCUCUAUCGGGACAUUAGUAAAAACAGCCUCUUGAGCAUUAAAGCAUUUCUUUACUGGACCAUCCUGGGUUUCAGCCAUGCCUUCAUUUUCUUUUUUGGAUCCUAUUUUCUUGUGGGGGAAGAUACAUCUCUGCUCGGAAAUGGCCAGAUGUUUGGAAACUGGACAUUUGGUACUUUGGUCUUCACAGUCAUGGUUAUUACAGUCACGGUAAAGAUGGCUUUGGAAACUCAUUUCUGGACUUGGAUCAACCAUCUUGUUACCUGGGGAUCUAUUAUAUUUUAUUUUAUAUUUUCUUUGUUUUAUGGUGGAAUUCUCUGGCCAUUUUUGAGCUCCCAGAAUAUGUACUUUGUAUUUAUUCAGCUCCUGUCAAGUGGGCCGGUGUGGUUUGCCAUGCUCCUCAUGGUUGUUACUUGUCUAGUUCUUGAUGUUGUGAAGAAAGUGUUUGAUCGACAUCUUCAUCCAACAAGUACAGAAAAGGCACAGAUGGAAGAAGAUAAGGGUUCAGUCGGCUCAGCAUAUGAAUUUGCUGAAAGCCAGCACAGAGGGGAGGACAGUAGGCACCUGCUAGCUGAGGUGCAGCCAGCAGGACAGUGGUUGCGUGCACUAGGUAGUACUUUGCUGGGCCUUCUUGGGGACUCCUACACUGCAUUAUCAUGCUUGGGCUUGCUGAAGCACAUUCAAGUGUCAAGUGCUUGGACUCCAUGUGCUGUUUCCCAGGAGAGACCCCUUGCACAUCUGUUGGAAGAAUGCUGGAGCGAGUCAUAGGAAGGUGUAGUCCCAACCAUAUCAGCAGGUUGUGGAGUGCAUCGGAUCCUUUCUAUACCAAUGACAGGAGCAUCUUGACUCUCUCCCCAAUGGACUCAUCUACUUGUUAAAGGGACAGUAGGACUCUGUGGGGACAAAUUCACCGGUCCUCAGAUUUGGGGUCAUCAUCCUAUAAAAGGCCACGGCGGCUCUGAAGUUACUUUCUGAAGUCUCUGGAGGAGUUGGGAGCUUCUUGGAGUUCCACGGGAAACAGGAAGUUACAAUAACCCUGCUCUAUUCUUUUUCAUUGGAAUGUGAGCAUACUAAAAUUUGGGAAUAGAGAUACUUCCAAUCUCUUUGACUGGUUUGUCCCUUCUGCUCAUGGGACUCCUGGUGGCAUUGCAGCCUUUGCUGGGGCCACUAUACUUUUAAUAUCAAGGUAGAAGAAAGGGGUAACUCCUGGGUAUGUGUAUUUUUAGGAUUAGUGUGGUUCGGGACUCUUCUAUUUAAAUCUGCUUCUGUAAAUUAUGCUAAAGAUUUGCCUUGAGAACUCUAUUUUUUUUAUUAGAUUAUAUUUGAAGCUUUUCGUGGGGAAAGUUAAUGUGAAUAUUAAAGAAUUUUGGUCCUUCAGUGACCUGUGUUGUUAAUUCAUUAGUGCUUUUUAAGUCACAGAGCAAACUUGGAGAGCACGUUUCUAAGCCUUGUCUUCUGUAGUGUAGGUAGGAAGCUUGUACUGACACCAGACUUCUUUACCAAUACUGUAACACAGCCAGUGAAGCUAACCCUACAAGUGCGAGAGGAGUCUUACAUCUCAUGUCCAAGUCAGAGCUAGGGCCAUCACUAGACUUUCAAUUGGUGUUUGCUAAUAUUUUUGUGGCCAACUAUUUAAAUCUGUAGUGGGUCAAUUAGAUACCAUUAUCACAUUAAUUUACUGAAUCUGUCUUAUCUUUUGCAUGCUUCAACCUGGCCAAUAUAUUUAAACUGCCCCCCCAUUACCCACUCCCUCUCCAAAGACUCUGUUCAUAAUUUUAUGACAAUGUUGUAAAGUUCAAUUGUAUCAAUAAAAAAACAAGUUUGAACAGUA